GCGGCGCACACUCAUCCAAACUCGCGGACUGCGGUAGGUCGUGUCACGCGGUGGCGCCACGAUCGCAGUCGUUUUCGCUGUUAACCGCGCGAACUCACACAUUUUCUUUGAAAUUUCGUGUAUUUGCAAAGAAAAAAGUGAAUUAAGCGGGACAUUCGGUGACUUAAGAGUGCCCUGUGAUUGUUUUUUACACACAAAGAGACUCUAUUUUUUAUCAAUUUUUUUAUCAUUCGGUAGUAAUAGAGCCAGGAACGUGAACGCACUUGUGAAACGAAAUCCCAACACUUCAAGAGUAAAGGAUUGUAUGAACUGCGUUUUGGACAUAUCCUAUACAUAUCACACGGUGGCGAAGAACGACAUCAAUGUAAAAUAAUACAUAUAUUUUUAACCAGUUGGUUAAUAGAUAUACACGUAGACAAGUGAUGAGUAAAGAUUCCGUCCUUAAGAUAUUUUUAUAGUCGUUUAAGAAGUCAAAUGAGAAUUAACAAUAACGUACGUAGAACCGGAGUAAUGGCGGUCAAUAUGAGGAAUAGUUUAAGGAUACUCUGGACGACGGUUGCUGCGUUCGUGUUCCUGACGCGGAGCAGCGCCGCCCCGACCUUCGGCGGACCCGAUAAAGCCACGAUGUACCUCGCUCAAUAUGGUUACUUAAGUCCACAAGUUCGGAACCCAUCCAGCGGGCACAUUAUGGAUGAGAGCUCGUGGCGACGCGCUAUUGCAGAAUUUCAAAGCUUCGCUGGUCUUAACGCAACAGGUGAACUGGAUGAGGAAACAUCGAAAGUAAUGUCAUUGCCGAGGUGUGGUGUGAAAGACAAAGUUGGUUUCGGAGAGAGUCGUGCCAAACGAUACGCGCUACAGGGAUCAAGAUGGCGUGUAAAGAACUUGACGUACAAGAUCUCGAAGUACCCCUCAAAACUGAACCACGCCGAAGUCGACGCCGAACUUGCCAAGGCUUUCUCCGUGUGGACCGACUACACCGACCUCACCUUCACACAGAAGAGAAGCGGACAAGUUCACAUCGAAAUCAGAUUCGAAAAAGGAGAGCACGGUGACGGCGAUCCUUUCGACGGACCCGGUGGCACCCUCGCUCAUGCCUAUUUUCCUGUGUAUGGAGGCGACGCGCACUUCGACGACGCUGAGAUGUGGUCCAUCAACUCCAGGAGAGGGACUAAUCUCUUCCAGGUGGCGGCGCACGAGUUUGGUCACUCGCUGGGUCUGUCACACAGCGACGUCCGCUCGGCUCUCAUGGCGCCGUUCUACCGUGGCUUCGACCCCGCUUUCCAACUCGACCAGGACGACAUUCAAGGCAUACAGGCUCUGUACGGACACAAGACGCAGACUGACAUAGGUGGAGGUAGUGUGGGUGGCGGCGGGCUAGUGCCAUCGGUGCCACGUGCCACCACGCAACAGCCCUCGGCGGAAGACCCCGCGCUCUGCGCCGACCCCAGAAUCGACACCAUCUUCAACGGCGCUGACGGCUCUACAUUUGUGUUCAAAGGCGAGCACUACUGGCGGCUAACCGAGGACGGAGUGGCGGCCGGCUACCCACGGCUUAUCUCGCGUGCAUGGCCCAACUUGCCCGGCAAUAUCGACGCCGCCUUCACCUACAAAAAUGGCAAGACCUAUUUCUUCAAGGGCUCCAAGUACUGGCGCUACAAUGGUCAGAAAAUGGACGGGGACUACCCCAAAGAGAUCAGUGAAGGUUUCACCGGAAUCCCGGACAACAUCGACGCGGCUCUCGUAUGGUCCGGCAACGGCAAGAUCUAUUUCUACAAGGGCUCGAAAUUCUGGCGGUUCGACCCAGCGCAGCGCCCCCCCGUCAAGGCCACCUACCCCAAGCCCCUCUCCAACUGGGACGGCAUCCCGGACAACAUCGAUGCCGCGUUACAGUACACUAAUGGAUACACAUACUUCUUCAAAGGAGGCUCUUACUGGCGGUUCAAUGACAGGACUUUCAGUGUAGAUGCAGACAACCCUCAGUUCCCUCGCUCCACGGCGUUCUGGUGGCUAGGAUGCAGCAACGCUCCACGCGGCACCGUCGGAGGUAAUGCGCGGCUCACUGACGUAUCUGCCGCCGAGGACGACGUCGGCGACAUAACCUUCGACGCAGGUGUAAAAUCAACCGCUCCCAGAUCAUUCUUCUGGUUCAGGAAGUAACCGAUGCAGUUCCUGAACAUUGUACAUAUUAAAGAACAAAGACUCAAUUAGUUACAUAUAGAUAAGAGUACCAGUGAGAUUAUGAAGGAUAAGCGGUGAUUUUAGUACCGGCGAGCUUUUCACCCGCGGCCUUUGUCAACGUUCAGUCGGACGGAGCCCGUCUCUAGUAUGUCGUUCGCAUGUGGCUCUCGGCCGCUUCAUAUAUUAAGGAGGGCUCGACUCCUCCGCCGCGACACCAAUCACCCGCAUCUGUAGGUUUAUUUUGUUUUCAUAUUGUUUUUUUCGCAGUGAACUCCAUUAUCAGUACUAAUAUUUUAUGCAGCUUUGAUGUUUAAUUUUUAAAGGUACUUGGGCCAAUUCAUUUACAUUAUUUUCAUAGUUUUCCGUUACCAAUUUCAUAUGGCACUCGUAAUUGUUAUUAUAAAAAUAUCAUGUCAAUAAGGCACGUAAUUCACGUCUGCACUGUUGCACAAAGUGCUCACCGUUCGCUUGU